GAAGUUGGGCUGUACAUGGUUAUCGGAUAAAAAAGAGCACCGGAAACUCAAAGUUUACAGCUCAUGAAACUCCCAGAAUGAAUGGGACAACUUACUCUAACUUUGACAAUCAAGAACAUGUGCUGAAACUGGGAGAGACGUUUGAGAAACACCCUAAAAGUGCCUAUCACACAGUGCGAUAUGACUUCAAACCAGCAUCCAUUGAUACGUCAUGUGAAGGAGAGCUCGAAGUGGGCAAAGGAGAGCAAGUCACCAUUACUUUACCUAAUUUAGAGGGUUCCAGUGCUCCGGUAACCGUUUUCAAAGGAUCCAAGAGGCCUUAUAUGAAAGAGUGCAUCCUCAUUGUAAACCAUGACACAGGAGAGUACAGAUUGGAAAAGCUCAACAGCAAUAUAGCUGUGAAAAAGACAAGGGCUGAAGGUAGCAGUAAGAUUCAUUCUCGCCUGGAGCAACAGACCAGUCGUCUGGGCCAGCAGAUGAGGAGUAAUAACAGCAACAGUAACAAGACCCCAGCCAGCACCAAGAGUUCUCCUCCCAAAGAGAAGACUUCCCCAGCAUCCCCAAUGGAUGAUAUUGAGAGAGAACUGAUGGCCGAGGCUCGAGUCAUGGAUCAGAUGAGCAGCAGCGACAGUUCCUCAGACUCUAACAGCUCGUCAUCCUCCAGCAGCGACGACAGCUCCAGCAGCAGUGAUUCAGAAGAUGAACGGACUUCCGUGCCACCCUCAACCAACCAGAGCAUGCCUAUCAUCACCAGCAUCGACACCUACAGUCACCACCAGGAGAGUGGAGGAGGACUCAUGAACACCCUCAAAAAUGACCUUCAUUUGAGUGAAUCGGGCAGUGAAAGUGACUGAACAACAUGAGGACAUCCUCCUGUCUGCAGAUCUCAGGAGCAUUUUCAGUGAGGGGUGAAGGAGCCAGUCACAGACCUGUCAGUGUCUUCUCUACAUAUCCAUAGAAUAUAUAUAUAUAUAUAUAUAUAUAUAUAUAUAUAUAUAUAUGUGUAUAUGUGUUGCUGCUCUGCCAACAAUCAGAUUUUAUGUCACAUGUAUGGCUUUAUAUUUGUGUGCGAAGACUGUAUGUUAAUGAUGCCUUAGUUCAGAGAACUGUGAUGUUAUUAAUGGGAGAGAAACUGUAAAUUAUGAUGUGCUGUCUGUGAUGUAUCUCACUGGAUGCGUCUGUGUAGUUAAACUGACCAAGAAAAUGUG